AUGAAGUUCGCCGCUGCCGUAGUCAUGUUGAUCUGCGCCCUCGUCGGUGUCCAGGCGUCUUGGAGUCCUAUCACCCAGAUUGCACCGGGAGUCGUUAGCUCGGUGGCAGGUCCUGGUCUAUGGGGCGGUGCAUGGAAUGGUGCCUGGAAUGGUGCCUGGAAUGGCGGCUGGAACGGCGCCUGGGGUGGCCCAGCUGCCAUAUCCGUAGCUUCUCCUUGGGGUCUGCCUGGUCAUGGCUGGCUCGGAGGUGUUCCCGGCAUCGCCCUUGCUCAAGGACCCGGUGCUGGGCUUGGACAUGGACAUGAGGGUGUCUAUGUCGCCAAAACUCGCGGAGCUAUUCACACUGCACCCUUAGCCGGCCACAUCAGCUCCGCCACGUCUGUGAAUGUGGCUCCAGCGCCCGGAACCCUGUAAUUCGACUCUCCACGCUGCAAACAAUGCCAAAUGAAGUAGAAAAAGACAAUAAUCCGACAGUUCACCAAAUCUUCACUGAGCCUCGUAUUCCACUUCUACUUCUGCCAGCGACCACGACAUCUCUCGGUUACUCUACUCUCCUCCUGUAUUGCUAAGCACACUGCUCUUAGUCCCGACACAAACACCAAACGGCAAGGGCACGGCCUUAGUCGCUGUAUCCUUCCAUCUCUCUAUUUCUAUCUCUUCAAAACACAUUCACGCGCACAAUUGAGUAAGUUCUGUGUUCAGCAAAUAAGUCCAACAUAAAUUACA